AUGGCUGCGCAACUUGCACAGAUGAUACUACUUGCGGGUCUUGCACUUCAGAAAGUGAUGCAGUAUCUUCAACAUCUCCAAACACUUGCUCAGCUAAAUGCACAGAAAGUUUAAGCAUUUGCGUUAUUAAGGACAAAUUUUUAUAUUUUAAUUCAUAAUUUUCAAGGAAGCAAUGAACAGUUGGCUCAAACGGCUGCGCAACUUGCACAGAUGACACUACUUGUGGGUCCUGCACUUCAGAAAGCGACGCAGUAUCUUCAACUUCUCCAAACACUUGCUCAGCCAAAUGCACAGAAAAAAUUAGCGUUUGCGUUAUUAAAGACUAAUUUUAUAUUUAAUUCAUAAUUUUUUAGAGGGCAAUGCACAACUGGCUCAAAUGGCUGCGCAACUUGCACAGAUGACACUACUUGCGGGUCUUGCACUUCAGAAAGCGAUGCAGUAUCUUCAACUUCACCAAACAUUUGCUCACCUAAAUGCACAGCUGGCUCAAAUGGCUGCGCAACAUGCACAGAUGACACUACUUGCGCGUCUUGCACUUCAGAAAGCGAUGCAGUAUCCGGAAACAAAUGUGUAG